AUGAUGCACAGAGAUUUUGAUUAUGCAAAUAAGGUGAUUAUUAUAGGAGAUAGUGCAACAGGAAAAUCAUCAUUGAUGAAUAGGUUUUGUUAUGAUAAAUUUAAUCCUAAUUUUGUAUAUACCAUCGGAAUGGAAAUGGGCCAUAAAACAAUCAGUUUGAAUGAUAAGAAAGUUAAGGUGACUGUCUUUGAUACAGGAGCUGAUUCAGCCAUUGUAGUUUAUGAUGUAACCUCAAUAGAUACAUUCAAUCAUGUGAGAGGAUGGCUGAAGGAUUUGUACAAUUACACAGAUGGUAAUAUUAAGAAAGUUUUAUUGGGAAAUAAGUGUGAUCAAAAGGAUGCUAGAAGAGUUUCCUAUGAAGAAGGUAAAAAGUUAGCCGAUGAAUAUGGAAUUACAUUCUACGAGACUAGUGCAUUUGAUGGAACGAAUGUGGAGAGUGCAUUCUUAUCUGUUGUGAAGGAAAAGGAAAUUAAGCAACCACUGUACAAUGCACAUAUCAAAGAGGAAAUAUUAUUAUCAGAACAUGGACUAGGUGAUGACAAUAGUAGUGAAGAAGAAAAAGUUAAAACAAAAUCGAAAAAGACAUCAUCAUCAUCCUCUUCAUGUAAUUGUUAA